CGUGCUCGCUGUCACGCCAGGGGAGUGGCUGACUUCGCUUUCCUUUGCAGUCACACCCUAGUCGCCACUGUUGGCUGUGGUGGAGCCCCGGCGACGGGCGUCGCAAACGGGGCGGCCACCUCCACGAUCGGCAGCUAUUCUCCUAGUCCUGCCACUAUGCCGAUCGGGUCUAUGGGUGCUGGCCAGGCUGUCUCUUCCCUUUUAAGUCCAGCUUCUGGUUCAGGAGCCAGUGGUGUCACAGCUCCCAUGGACCCGGGACAUUCGACACAGGCCGGAAGUGGAAUUGCCGGAAGCAUGGGUGGAAGUGGGGUUUCCGGUUUCCUUUCUAUUAGUAUGGACAACAUUGAACCCGAGAUGGCAAAUCUAGCUCUCUGGGACGUGCUUAUGCCUCCAGGACGCAACUGCGUGAUGCGUAAGUGA